AUGGCGGCGAUCCACAACGAUGUGGCUGCUGCAAGGGAUAUACACAAUCCAACAACGUACUGCAAGCACAAGCCUCUUGAGCUGCGUGGCCGAACAAUCGAGGGUAUAGUAGGAUCCGACCCCCCAACGACGUUUACCGUUCACGAGCACUUGAUAUGCUCAUCUUCCGAGUUUUUUAAAAGCGCAAUGAAUGGUCGCUGGGAGCCAUCAAUCAACGGGUCCGUGAACUUAGGCGAGGAAGACCCAGAACUGUUCGAUUUAUACCUCCACUGGCUGUAUAGUCAAACGCUCCUGGCUCAAAACGACAGCCCAGGGUAUGCAGGAAAUACCGAGUACCUACAGCUCGCAAAAGCAUACGUGCUGGGAGACAUGAUGCAGGAUGCGAAAUUUAAAGACGCAGUCCUAGAUGCAAUGCUGAUCAAGUCACGAUCUUUAGCAUCUGAUGGCAAAUACUGGUAUCCUGUUGGACCAGUCAUCCGUUACAUAUAUGACAGGACGGAAAUUGGCUAA